AUGGUUCUACUUCCAAACAAACCUGCACCAGUUUUCAAAGGAAAAGCUGUUGUCGAUGGUGUCUUCAAGGAGAUCAGUUUAGAGAAUUAUUUGGGACAAUAUGUCGUGUUGUUUUUCUAUCCAGCUGACUUCACAUUCGUCUGUCCAACAGAGAUCAUCGCAUUCAGUGAUCAGGUGGAAGAUUUCAAGAGUCGAAAUUGUCAAGUGAUCGCCUGUUCUACGGAUUCUGAAUACAGUCACUUCGCAUGGAUAAAUAUGGAUCGGAAAUCAGGUGGAUUGGGAGAGAUGAAAAUCCCCUUGUUGGCUGACAAGACGAAGUCGAUCUCGAGAGCCUAUGGUGUGUUGGAUGAAGAGGAGGGAAAUGCAUUCAGAGGUCUAUUCAUCAUCGAUCCGAAAGGAAUUCUACGUCAAAUUACAGUCAAUGACAAGCCAGUUGGAAGAUCCGUCGACGAGACACUUCGACUGUUGGAUGCAUUCCAAUUUGUAGAGAAGCAUGGUGAAGUUUGUCCCGCCAACUGGAAACGUGGUCAACAGGGAAUUCAAGACAAGCAUUAG